GUGUUAAACAAGUUAAAAGUAAUGAAAUGCUGCAAAACACUGAUAUUCAUCCAUCAUGCCAUCGGCCAAUUGAAAUUAUCUCAGAUAAAAAUGUUUUUGUUGUUAAUACUUUUUUCUCUGAAAAUUCAAGUCUUUUAGUGAUUGUUCUUGAAGUGCAUUGGUAA